AUGAGUGGCUGUAAAAAAUAUUUAAGCGGUGCUCAGAAGAGAAAAAAGAAGAAAGAAGAUCUUUUAAUGACAUCUGCUGUUAAGUGCAAUAAAAUAACUGGAUUUUUUUCUUUAACUAAUGAAAGUGACGAUAAACUAGUUUCAAAUGUUAUAGAAAUAGAUCAUAGUAUCUCAAAGGAAAAUAUAAACAAUGAAACUAAUAUCAAUUGUAUUGUGGAUGGUACUGUGGAUGGUAUUGUGGAUGGUAUACUUGAUGACACUAUUGAUAUAAAUAAUCAUUAUAAUAUACCAGAAGAAGUUAAUGCUAUUAGUAUUGCAUGUAUGUCAUAUGAUAAUGCCAAAAAUGUUUCCAGUAAUUUAAAAGAUAAAAUUAAUUUGCAUGUUGACUUAAAAGAAACUGUUCAGACUGAUCACUUAAACAAUACUCAUUGUUUAUCACCGGCCAAACAAAAUCAAAGUAAUAAUGGUCUUGAAAAUACUAAUUCUACUUCUGUUAAGGAUACUACGAAUAUUGGUACAAUACAUCAUGCAGAUAUUGAUGAUAACAGCUUUGAUGAAUUAACCGUUAAAGAUCCAUAUUUUUGGCCAAAUCAUAAAAGACAUUUAACGCCUGCAAUGUUUGAAAGAACUUUACCUAAUGGACAAAUAUGUGAUAAAAAUCUAUUACUUUCUUUUCCUAAUUUGUAUACUGCAAUUAAAAUAUAUCUAACCAUACCUAUUGCAAAUUGUUCGGCUGAAAGAGCAUUCUCCAAAUUAGCUCGAAUAAAAAACAAGUAUAGAACAAGCUCUUCUCAAGAAAAUUUAAAUAGUUUUAUGGUUUUGUGUUCAGAGAGUGAUGUUUUGGAGGUAAUUAAUACCGAUGAUAUAAUUAAAGAGUUUGCUGCCCAAAAAUCUAGAAAAAAAUAUUUUUAA